GCCCACUCAACUCGCGUUUAUAUCAAGCCGCCGUCUAGCCAGAAUGACCGAGGGUACUGCUCGAUGCGCUCUAUGCAGCUUGCAUGGCUCUGACUACUCGCUCACAUGCGCAGCGAAGCUCAAAGUUCCCAAGUUGUACUCUAGGCCUUACCCACCUACCAUUGUUUUCUCAUGAGAUUCUUGACCUUGUUUCCUGCAUUGUCAAAUCUGGCAUGGCUAUCUUAUGGUGCCAGGCUCGUUGAUUUCCAAGUAGCUCAACCGCCAGUAGUUCCGCAAGAUGCAAAAGAAUGUACCGUGAAAGUGUUACAGAGAGAUUUCGCAUUCUCGUUCGGAAUGUCCGAGGUCGUCCAGUUGAACCCUCCCACGGACUGCGGUGCUCCCGGGUCAUGGGCUGCCAUAACCCUCAAUUUCACCGUCACUUCUAACGGAACUCAAUUCGAUCGUUUGGGCAUCUUCACGUUUCAAAACACUGAGAUCUGGCGUACCUCCACUCCAGAGCCCACUCGUGGGGAUGGUAUCGUAUGGACGUACGUCAAAGACGUAACGCAAUACAUUCCCCUCUUCGCUGAGCCCGGAACUUUCAUCCUUCAAUUGGACAAUCUGAUUCAACCGGGUCUGGAUGGCAUUUAUUCGACCAUCCUCCAUGCGACAUAUUAUGCAUCUUCGUCAUCCGCUACGCCCGCAAAGAAAGCAGAUCUCAUUCUGCCUUUGUCGACAUUCGCCAAUGAUACAGGAAACGAUGCAUCCGUACCUCCAUCGUUCUCGCUCAAUAUCACCUUUCCCCGUAACACUGUACAAGUCUAUGCCGAAGUGUUUGCAUCUGGAAAUGGACAAGAGGAAUUCUGGUACAACAACGUACCUAACGAGUUCUUCUCACAAAUUUCUCCCGAUAUUACAAAUGGUGACGGACCAUUCCGCGAAAUCCGCCUCCUCAUCGAUGGUAAAGUAGCUGGUGUCGUCUUCCCAUAUGCUGUCAUAUUUACCGGAGGCUAUACACCACCUUUGUGGAGACCAAUCACAUCGUAUGGCGCUCUCGAACUUCCUACCUACUUCUUGGAUGUUACACCUUUUGUCCCCAUCCUCGCCGAUGGCAACCCCCACAACUUCACCAUCGACGUUAUCUCUGCAGAAACAAAUCACACUAUCAAUCAGAACUGGUUCGUCUCUGGCAACUUACAAGUUGUCACCGACUCUUCUCCCAAACCCACCACGGGAAAGAUUACUCGGUAUGAAGUCGAAUCAUUCCCGAAAACGACGACAGCUGGCAUGGUGCGUGGGCUUGGGGAUUUCGACUUCACUGUAACGGCCACGAGAGAAUUACGAAUUGAGGCCGAUGUCAUCUCAGGAAGCGGGCGAAUCAAUCAUGUCGUUUUCAGGCAAGCCUUGUCGUAUUCCAACUUUCAGAAUUACAAAGAGAACGCGACCUUCCAGACCAUUCAACAGAACACAACAGGAACUGUUGUAUCUAUACACAGUGGCUCGGUUGCGGUCUCGGACAUCUUCUCUUACCCGAUUGAUAUCGAAUUCGAAUUUCUCGGACCCGACCAAAUGAAUUGGACGACAUUCAUAGACCAUUCGUAUGAUCGAGAUCUCCUUCCCAACCCUUUGAGGCUUGCGUCGAGUAUUCAUAAUCGACAGACAGCUGACGGUUUCUUCCAAUUGGCCACCGGAGGAAAUUUCGGAAACGGCACAAAUAACAACACUUUCAGCUACAUCGACUCAGCUGGGAAUACUUAUAGUCGACGUGUUGACGCCGCCUUCAACAACAUCACUUUAAAUGAAGAAAGCGGCUCUCUCGCUCACAACGGCCUCCUGCCAUCAGCUGUCGAUUCUUUCUCAGACUCGGAAACUCUUCAAGAUCAAUUCGCAGGUGCUUCGUUACCAAACGGUAUCAGGAAGGGAACGUGAAUCGCUCAAAUAGGUGUUGCAGUGUUUCAUGCGGACCCUAGUUUCACCAAAUCUGAUGAUCUUUGUCUGUGCACAUUUCGACAAAACUGUUCGUAGUGAAUUUCGAACCGUGUGGUCAUCCUGAGAAACACAGAGAUGGGUGCCUGGCGAAUCCUUGGAUCUGUUUUCUUCUCUUCCUUGCAUGGGCAUCCACGACGGCUUUUGCCGCACGUCUUGUUGACUUCCAAGUUGAGCAGCCCCCUCCCGUUCCCAAAGACGCAAAACAAUG